AUGUGCUCUCCAGUGUUCGAUCGCAUGCUUUCCUCCGACAUGAAGGAGGCGCAGGAAAGGGUGAUAGAGGUGGGAGUUGCAACGCAGCAUGAGUUCGAGAUCCUCUAUGCGUUGUUGAUGCCCGGCGCUUUCCUGACAAGGAGUGUGAAGCCUUCACAGGUGGAAAGCUUACUUCGAAUUAGUGACUAUUAUGAGGUCAGCUUUAUCAAGAAGGCUUGUGAGCAAAAGUUGCUUUCCCUUCCAGCAACACCUGCUCGGCUGAUAGAGGCCAGCAAGUAUGGCCUGAAACGGCAGCUUGCGCGGUGUGUCAAAGAGAUAUCGCCGCGGCUUGCUUUGCAGGAUCUGCUGCAGGUCUACGACCACUCACCGGAGCUGCUGCUGGCUGUCACUUUCGCGCUUCGUGGGUGCGUCACUGAGGACUGCACUCGAGAGGGCCUGGGUCGAGUCGUUGCAAAGGUCAAGGAGGAGAAGGAGGAGGAUGAUGAUGACGACUCACGUCUCAUGUGA